AUGGGCAAGAAAGACAAGAACCCAUCCAAGGCCUCUCACUCAACUACCAGGGAAUCCUUCCUCAAGGCCUCAGUAUCAGCUGCUACCAAACCAUUGGCAGAUCAGGCCGACAAACAUGCCCUUUACCAACGAGCUGUGCAAUUACCCGCAAAGGAAGUCAUCACCCUGAACAGCAUAUACACCGCACUACGACCUGGGUUACCUGCUGCACGAGUCCUUCGAGAGGAUUUCUGUGGUACGGCGCUACUGUGUAAGGAAUGGAUCAAACGGAACGUUGAACGGGAAGCAAUUGGCGUUGAUCUGGAUGAGAGUGUUGUCAAGUAUGCCAAUGAAGUUACACGGUCCGAUGCGACUGUGGCGGAGCGCGUCACAGUGUAUCAUGGAGAUGUCAUGAAAGUUGAGGGUGUGCCCAAGGCAGACAUUAUCGUCGUUUUGAACUACGGCGCAUUCUACUUCCACACCCGCCCCCUGCUACUCCAGUAUUUCAAGAAGUCCUUGACUUCCCUGAACCCAGACGGCGUCCUCAUCUGCGACAUGUUCGGCGGCACAACACGAACCUCCGCGACUCCAUCAUCACUGCACAAGCGAAUCCUCGAUAAAGACACCACAUACACCUUUACCAGCACUGCGUUCAGCAUGACCAGUGGGACAUUGAAAUGCGCACUGAACUUUUACUUCUCGGAUGGAAGUAAGUUGGAAGGUGCGUUCAAGUAUCAUUUCAGAGUGUGGAGUAUGCUGGAGUUAAAGGAGGCGAUGCUGGAAGCGGGGUUUAAGGAUGUGGGACUUUGGGUUGGGAGGAAGCUCAAACAGGAAAAAGAGGAGACGGAUGGUGAGGAGGACGAGGAUGAGGAGGAAGAAGAUGAUGCCGAUGACGGUAUCAUGGAGUAUAGAAAGCACGAGUGGAAGGAUCCACUACCUGCAUUUGAUGAUUUCAACGCAUACGUCGUGGGCAUGGCUUAG